GCGCACCGCCCACUCAGGUCCUGGGGCCCCAGCGGGUGUGCUUGCGGGGGAAACUGAGGCAGGGAGCGUGCUCGUGGGAUCAUUCCUGCCUCAGUCCACACCCCAGGGCCCGCAAAGCUGCCUCCCGCUCCUCAGACCCGCAUGAACAGCAGGGAAGGACGGCAGGAAGGGGAGGGGGCCCACAGCAAGCGAGGUCUAAAGAGUCGGCCUGUCCUGCCACACUCAAGAUGGCGGCGCGGCAGCGGCGAGGUCCCUCAGAGGCGGUACCAGCGCAUGCGCAGCGCGGAGUCCCGGCCCGGGACACAAGAUGGCGGCAGCGGCGUUGGGGAGGGCGAGGCGGAGGCGGCAAAACGGGCGGUCGAGCAGAACGUGUAGCCGCGUCCCCUCGAGUCCGCUGCGGGCAGUUGCUGAUGCAAGGAAUCCCCUGGGCUCCCGUCCACUCCACUGCUGACCAGCCCACACGCCUGCACUGCACGCUUUCCUGCAGGCCUCCCCACUGCCUCUGUGGGACCAGGGGGUCCAUCUGGCCGGAGAAGAAAGCCCUCUCAUGCUAGCGUUGCAGACCCCAGAGGGUGAGAGAAAGAGGGACCUUGUUCAGCCUUGAGACCUGUGGGUCCGCCCCGAGGCACCGGGAAUUCCUCUUCCCCAGAGGACCAAGGCAUCUCCCCUUGGUCCGGUGUGGGUGCUGAGAUGGCCAAUGAGAAUCACGGCAGCCCCCGGGAGGAAGCAUCCUUGUUGAGUCACUCCCCAGGCACCUCCAAUCAGAGCCAGCCCUGUUCUCCAAAGCCCGUCCGCCUGGUGCAGGACCUCCCAGAGGAGCUGGUGCACGCUGGCUGGGAGAAGUGCUGGAGCAGAAGGGAGAACCGUCCCUACUACUUCAACCGAUUCACCAACCAGUCCCUGUGGGAGAUGCCCGUGCUGGGCCAGCACGAUGUGAUUUCGGACCCUUUGGGGCUGAAUGCGACCCCCCUGCCCCAAGACUCAAGCUUGGUGGAAACCCCCCCGGCUGAGAACAAGCCCCGAAAGCGGCAGCUCUCGGAAGAGCAGCCCAGCGGCAAUGGCGUGAAGAAGCCCAAGAUUGACAUCCCCAUGACACCCACGGGCCCGUCAGUGCCCAGCUCCCCCAGCGUCCCAGGAACCCCAACCCUGAAGAUUUGGGGGACAUCCCCUGAAGAUAAACAGCAGGCAGCUCUCCUCCGACCCACUGAGGUGUACUGGGAUCUCGACAUUCAGACCAACGCUGUCAUCAAGCACCGGGGGCCAUCAGAGGUGCUGCCUCCGCAUCCCGAGGUGGAGCUGCUCCGUUCCCAGCUCAUCCUGAAGCUUCGGCAGCACUACCGGGAGCUGUGCCAGCAGCGAGAGGGCAUCGAGCCCCCCCGGGAAUCCUUCAACCGCUGGAUGUUGGAGCGCAAGGUCGUGGACAAAGGCUCUGAUCCUCUGUUGCCGAGCAACUGCGAACCGGUCGUGUCACCUUCCAUGUUUCGCGAAAUCAUGAAUGACAUUCCCAUCAGGUUAUCCCGAAUCAAGUUCCGGGAGGAAGCCAAGCGUCUGCUCUUCAAAUACGCAGAGGCUGCCAGGCGGCUCAUCGAGUCCAGGAGUGCAUCUCCCGACAGCAGGAAGGUGGUCAAGUGGAACGUGGAGGAUACCUUCAGCUGGCUGCGGAAGGACCACUCCGCCUCCAAGGAGGAUUAUAUGGAUCGCCUGGAGCAUCUGCGGAGGCAGUGUGGCCCCCACGUCUCGGCCGCAGCCAAGGACUCCGUGGAGGGUAUCUGCAGUAAGAUCUACCACAUCUCUCUGGAGUAUGUCAAACGGAUCCGAGAGAAGCACCUUGCCAUUCUCAAGGAAAACAACAUCCCAGAGGAGGUGGAGGCCCCCGAGGUGGAGCCCCGCCUGGUGUACUGCUAUCCAGUACGGCUGGCCGUGUCUGCACCUCCCAUGCCCAGCGUGGAAAUGCACGUGGAGAAUAACGUGGUCUGCAUCCGGUAUAAGGGCGAGAUGGUCAAGGUCAGCCGCAACUACUUCAGCAAGCUGUGGCUCCUUUACCGCUACAGCUGCAUCGACGAUUCUGCCUUUGAGAGGUUCCUGCCCCGAGUCUGGUGUCUUCUCCGCCGGUACCAGAUGAUGUUCGGCGUGGGCCUCUACGAGGGGACAGGCCUGCAGGGGUCGCUGCCCGUGCACGUCUUCGAGGCCCUCCACCGGCUUUUCGGCGUCAGCUUUGAGUGCUUCGCCUCACCCCUCAACUGCUACUUUCGCCAGUACUGCUCCGCCUUCCCCGACACGGACGGCUACUUCGGCUCCCGCGGGCCCUGCCUGGACUUCUCCCCGCUGAGUGGGUCCUUCGAGGCCAACCCUCCCUUCUGCGAGGAGCUCAUGGAUGCCAUGGUCUCUCACUUUGAGAAACUGCUCGAGAGCUCGCCAGAGCCCCUGUCCUUCAUCGUGUUCAUCCCCGAGUGGCGGGAACCCCCGACCCCAGCGCUCACCCGCAUGGAGCAGAGCCGCUUCAAGCGCCACCAGCUGGUCCUGCCCGCCUUCGAGCACGAGUACCGCAGCGGCUCCCAGCAUGUCUGCAAGAAGGAGGAAAUGCACUACAAGGCUGUCCACAGCACGGCCGUGCUCUUCCUACAGAACGACCCUGGAUUUGCCAAGUGGGGGCCAACGCCUGAGCGGCUGCAGGAGUUGAGCGCCGCCUACCGGCAGUCGGGCCGCAGCCAUGGCUCUGUCGGCUCCUCGUCGUCCUCCUCGGAGGCCAAGGACAGGGACUCAGGCCGCGAGCAGGGCCCCAGCCGGGAGCCUCACUCCACUUAACACAUCCUGCGGGGAGGAGGAGCCCCAGGGUGCUGGUCUGGACUGCUGGCGCUCAGGCCUCUUGGGGCUGAGUGGAUCCCA